AUGUGUAAGAAGAUACACCGCGGCGGCAACGCUGAGCAAUACCACGCCGACAACAAAUACAAGGAGGCCGUCGCGGAGGCCGUCGCGAAAUGCGCGGACGACACGAAGGGCCAGACGUGCUACAUCUGCACGCAGGCCCUCCAUUGGAAGACGAAGGAGGGCCUCGUGCGCCGGUGCGCGUGCCGCGGGACGGCCGGCUUCGCGCACGUGGCGUGUCUGGCGGAGCAGGCGAAGAUCUUGAUGGACGAGGCCGAUAGAUGCGAACGCUACGAGGAGGUGAAGCCAUUUUUACGGGCGACAAUCCCCGAGGCCGCGCGCGAGCUUGGCACAGAAGACGCGACGGUACUAACCCUUCGCAUCAAUUACGCAAGUGCCCUCAUCUCAGAAGGUCGAAGCAGAGACGACCUGGUCGAAGCCGUGGCGCUUCUCGAGGAGCUAUCCUCGACUGCGCGGCGGGUCUUUGGGACGGCCCAUCCUACUAUGAUGACCAUCAACGGAAACCUCGAGAGCGCGCGAUCGAAGCUCGCAUCCUUCGCCGCGGCCCCCUGA